CACAGUAUAUUACAGUAUACAACAUUUGCGUCAGCUUGGUUCAAAAGUCCUUGCGUUGGGUGAACUUCUCACGAUAUUAUUUAAGAUGGACAGAAAGGAGGCACAUAGACGUAAAGAGGUGCCGUGUCUCUGCUCAAGAAGAUGGAUCCUGGCCUACAUGUGUUUCCUUGGCAUGUUCUUCCUGUACGCGACUCGGGUCAACAUGAGUGUUGCCAUCAUCUGUAUGGUCAGAUCAGAUAAUGUGAGCGAGUCGUUCAACCACACACGCCGUACGGGAGACAACGUGUCAUGGCCGAGUCAAGCACAUCCGGACCACCAGAUUGAACGCGACACAUGCGCAAGACAGGACACAUCAACAUCUGCAACAGCCACGACAGCAGAAUUUGACUGGGACAAACCCACCCGAUCACGGAUCCUGGCUAUGUAUUUCUACGGCUACAUCAUCAUGCAAGUCCCCGGGGGGUGGCUGGCUGGGCGCUUCGGGGGCAGGAGGGUGUGGGGGAUCUCAUUCUUUCUGAAUGGGUUGUUUACAAUCUUAACCCCUGUGGCAGCGAGGACCAGCCUGGCCCUUGUGUAUGUUCUGCGGUUCCUCGUUGGGUUUGCGUCGGGAGUGACGUUCCCCAAUGUGCAGUCAAUGUGGGGACGCUGGGCACCCCCUCUGGAGAGAAGCAAGUUGAUAACGUUCAGCAUGGCAGGGCCUGCAAUGGGAACGAUUGCGGGAUUUGCUUUAUCAGGACACCUGUGUGCAUAUGGCUUCGAUAAUGGGUGGGGCUCAAUAUUCUACGUGUUUGGUGUUGGAACUCUGGCGUGGGUCGUCUUCUGGUUCUUGCUGACUGCAGACUCUCCGAGAGAUAGUUCUAGGAUAUCAAAUGCUGAGCUGGAAUACAUUGAAACAGAGAUUGGUUACAAGACAAACGUGCAGAACAAAUUCACACCCUGGCGAGCCAUAUUUACUUCGGUUCCAGUUUGGGCAAUUGUUGUGACGCACGUGUGCCACAACUGGUCCAACUACACACUCCUAACGGGGCUACCCACAUUUAUGAAGGAAGUACUUAAUUUUGACAUUAAACAGAACGGAAGCCUGUCAGCUGUACCCUAUCUGUGCGCCGCCAUCGUCAGCAUCGUCGCAGGCCAAGUGGCAGAUUGUCUGCGGUCAAGAGUAGGACUGGCCACAGCGACAGUGAGGAAGAUCAUGGUUAUCGCAGCAUUUUCGACUGUCGCAUGCUUCCUUGUUGGUGCCAGCUUCGUGACGUGUGAGUUUCGUCAUGUCGCCGUCGUGCUGUUGUGCUUUGCUGUCAGUGGCACUGGAAUCACCAGGGCCGGGUUUCCGGUUAACCAUGUUGACAUAGCUCCCAGACACGCUGGUGUAUUGUUUGGCAUAACGAACACUGUCGCUACAGUCCCUGGAAUGGUGGCUCCGCUGGUGGCAGGGGCGUUAACUCCAACUAAAACGGCAGAAGAAUGGCAAAACGUCUUCUACGUCUGUGCAGCAUUUUCUGUCCUCGGCUCCAUCGUGUUCACAGUGUUCGCAAAGGGGGAAGUUCAGCCUUGGGCGAGAGAGGCCGGAGAUAAGACGGCGGGAGACCACUCCAGCACCUACCGGGUCAUCUACUCACCUAGAAUACAACCAUGAAAUAUAGGAAUUAUCAUACAGUAUGCAGAAUAAUGUACCACAUUGCUGGGUAUAGUAAAAUAGCCACAUUAUUCCUUACUUCCCCUAUGUUAUCCACUUUGCAUAACAAUCAUGGAUCAUUUUUAGUUCUCAACUGCAACUGUGUACGUGAAUGAACAUUCAUACUUGGA